AUGGUCUAUGCUUGGCAGCUGUGGCUUUCGCCUCGACCGCAGCGCUCGGUCAUCGCCUCCAGCUCGCACAUCUACUCCAACAACGACGCCGCGCUAUUCAAGUUCCUAAAGGAGGAGGAUGGCCGAUGGGUGGUGAGAGAAACCCACUUCAUCGAUAAUCCCUUGGUGAAGAACGGGCUGUCUGGCCCGCCACUGCACAUACAUUGGAAGCAAUCCGAGUAUUUCAAGGUUGAGAAAGGCAUCAUUGGGAUCCAUAAGGAUGGAAAGGAGAUCAGGGCUACAAAGGAUGACGGCGUAAUUGAAGUGCCAGCUGGAACGAGGCACAAGUUCUGGUCCCAUCCUUCCAACCAGGAGGACCUAGUCUUCAAGGUGUGGGCCGAGCCUCAAGGCUUGGACAACAGCUUUGACGAAAGAUUCAUCCGCAACCUCAUCGGGUACCAGAGGGACUGCCAAAUUGCGAAACUGGCCCCAUCGGUGUUCCAGCUCAUGCUGAUAUGCUAUGAUUGCGCAACUCUCGCCACACCACCAUUCUGGAUGCCUCUGUGGCUUCUUGGGUCGAUCCAGUAUAUCCUAGCCUACUGGGUUGGGGGCUACUUGUUAGGGUAUAAGCCCUCUUAUCCCGAAUAUUACAAGGGAUCAACGGAUAAGGAGGCAAUUCGCAAAAGGUCAUGA